ACCGUCGAAAUCAUUUCCAUCGAAGAACGCCUGCGACCAAAGCAAUCAAAAGAGCAUUCCAACACGACACGAACACCGAGGAAUAUUCGGUGGUCAGUUAUGGCAACCGCGGAGAGCUUCGACCGUACGGCGGCGCUGAAGGAGUUCGACGAGGGCAAGACCGGCGUCAGGGGCCUCGUCGAGUCCGGCGCCGCCGCCACCGUUCCCCCCAUCUUCCGCCACCCGAUCCUCCGCCCCCGCUCCUCCUCCCCCUCCUCGCUCUCCGUCCCCACCGUCGACCUCUCCCUCCCCCGCCCCGCCGCCGUCGCCCUCGCUACCACCGCCGCACGCGACUGGGGCUUCUUCCAGGUCGUCAACCACGGUCUACCCCUCUCCCUCAUCGACUGCACCAUCUCCGCCGUCCGCUCCUUCCACGAGCAGCCCUCCUCCGUCCGCGCUGCCUUCUACUCCCGCUCCGUCGCCGGCGGCGUCUCCUACUCCUCCAACGUCGACCUCUUCCGAUCCGGCGCCGCCAGCUGGCGCGACACCAUCCAGCUCGCGAUGGGGCCGACCCGCCCGGACCCGGAACGGAUCCCGCCGGUGUGCCGGGAGGAACUUCUGGCGUGGGACGAGCACGUGGUUGCGGCGGGCCGGGCGGUUCUGGGGCUGCUGUCGGAGGGGCUGGGGAAGGAAGCGGGUUUGCUAGAGGCGACGACGUGCGCUGAGGGGAGGGUGAUGGCGUGCCACUACUAUCCGCCGUGCCCGGAGCCGGAGCUGACCGUGGGGACCGCGGAGCAUACCGACCCCGGCGUGUUGACGGUGCUGGCGCAGGACGGCGUCGGCGGGCUGCAGGUGAAGUGGACGGGGGAGGAUGGGGAGUCUGAGUGGGUGGACGUACGGCCAGCGUCGGGGGCGCUCGUCAUCAACGUCGGUGAUCUCCUGCAGAUAAUGUCCAAUGACGAAUACAAGAGUGUGGAACACAGGGUGUUGGCUAAUCCACAUCAAGAAGCCAGAGUCUCCGUUGCAACCUUCUUCAACCCUGGAAAGCGUGGGGAGUCGGUCUUCUAUGGACCUUUACCAGAGCUAGUAUCACCGGUGAAACCUGCACGCUACAGGAACUUCACCAUGGCAGAGUUCAUGGGGACCUUCUUCGGUAAAGAAUUAAGCAGUAGAUCUUUGAUUGAUCACUUCAAGUUAUAGGCACAUCAUUGCUGCACUCGGAAUAAUGAUGAUAUCCCUGAAUUUAUCGGUAUUGUAUGUUGUAUUGGUCUUCUUCUUGUUUCAGACAGUUUCUUAAAGAAUGAAUGUUCCUUUCCAAUUUA